AUGGAGCUACCACCCUUUGACAUGUGGAAGGACUACUUUAACCUGAGCCAAGUGAUACUGGCGAUAAUCCAGGGCCGGAGCCAAAGACUGGAGGAUGAGGGUGCUGAGGUGUCUACCCUCAGGCAGGAGAAGAGUGAGCAGGGGGUCAACGGGAGCCUGGCUACCCUAUGCAACUUCUGCAAACACAAUGGAGAGUCUCGUCACGUCUAUGCCUCCCACCAGCUGAAGACAUCUGAAGGUGUCGUGGUGUGUCCCAUCCUGAGGCAUUAUGUGUGUCCUCUGUGUGGGGCCACUGGGGACCAGGCUCACACGCUCAAGUACUGUCCGCUAAACAGCAACCAGCAGUCUCUCUACCGUCGAGGUGUACGAAACUCCGCUGGACGCAAAGUCAAGCGUUAA